UUUUGUUCACAAGAGACCUGGCCUUCAGCCAUGGAGACACGGUCUUUUCUUUUCUGCGUGGCAGUUUUAACAGUCACUGCAGUCAGCGGAUGUCCAAUAGGGCGCGAAUUCAUCACUGCUUUUAUGACAAAUUACCAGUAUGGAAAAGCCAGUCCGACUCUCUCCAUUACAGCACAGGAUUCCCCAGCCACUGUGAAAAUUGAGAUAAAGGGACUGAGUUACAGUGAAAAUGUGAACAUAGGACGAGGUGAGACCAAACGGAUUGUCCUGCCGGCAAACACUGAGAUGGAAGGUGACGGAGUCUUCCGGAAGACUGUUUACAUCUCUUCUACUGCUCUUAUCUCGGUUGUAUCAUCCAACAUAAAGGAAUACACCGGAGACAGCAGUGUGAUCUUCCCGAUAAAUCAACUUGGCAAGAGUUAUGUAGUUUUUACUCCAAACACGGGUCCAAGUCCAUAUAAAAAGCUGGUAGCCAUAAUCAAUGGCAAUUAUAUGAACACAAUUGAGAUCGUCUCCAUUUCAGGAUUUUUUUGGAAAGCCCCGAAGACCAAAACCAUCACUUUGGCUCCCUACGAAGUUUAUCAACUUCGCAGUCUGGAAAAUUUGUCCGGAACGAAAAUCAUAUCCACGUCUCCAGUAGCCGUCUUGGCCGGACACGAGUGCUCCAUGAUCAUAGGCACCUGUGAGCAUGUCUAUGAGCAGCUGGUACCAAUUGAGUUUCUCUCCCACGAAUACCUGGUCCCUGCUAUGCAUCAGUCCUUCAGCCGAGACACUGCCUAUGUGGUUGCCCCAGAGGACAACACUGUUGUGUCCGUUUUCAAUAGGCAUAAGUAUCCCCAAAAAAGAAAGCUGCAUUCUGGAGAAGUUUUAGCUGUUGAUGUGAGCAGAAAUGCUAAGCUCAUCCAAAGUAGCAAAAACAUCAUGGUAAUGUAUUUCAGCAGCAAUUUUCCAAAUGAUGAGUUUCUGACCAAUGUCAUACCAACCUCUGAGAUGUCAAAAUCCUGGACCAUUUAUUCUCAAGAUGGCUAUGACAACACUGUUGUUGUAGUUGCUGAAGCAGCAUCAGCCUCCACUAUCAGCGGCUCACUGAAAUGGAAAACGUUCCCUGCUAAUGACAAAUUUGUAUGGGCUACCAAGUCAAUUGGUUCGCAGAAUGGUCCCAUCACCAUAUCAGGUGAUUCGCUGAUGGCUGCUUAUGUUUUUGGUGGGAAACCAAGGUAUGGAUAUGCCACAACAGGAGUGUGUAACACAGUUUUUACGUCAACACAGCCUCCAUCAGACCCUUGUGAGACUAUUAAGUGCCGUCAGCAGGAAGAGUGCAAAAAGGGUGUCUGCGUCCCCACUUCCACUGCCACAUGUCAGGCCGUUGGCGAUCCUCAUUACAAAACGUUUGAUGGAAAGUUAUUUGACUUUCAGGGAACUUGUACUUACGUCAUGGCAAACAAUACAAAGCCUCAAAAAGGUCUUGUACCAUUUACUGUCUUGGCAAAGAAUAAUCACCGGGGAAGUAAAAGGGUGGCUUAUGUAAGGACGGUUUCUGUCCUUGUGUACAAUCACACCGUGGUGGCAGGCAGCCAAAGAGGAGUAGUGGAGUUUGAUGGCGAAAAUACUUACCUGCCUUUGACUGUAGAUGGUGGCAAAAUAAAAGUGGAUCAGAGGGGAUGGAAUGUUAUUAUAUCAACGGAUUUUGGCUUAGAGGUUAAAUAUGACUGGAAUAUGAUGUUGUAUAUCACAGCUCCAAGCAGCUAUUUCCAGACUGUAGGUGGUCUUUGUGGAAACUAUAAUGGUGACCGAAGAGAUGAGUACACUGAUCCCAAGGGCAAGGUGCUCUCCAAUAUCAUCGAGUUUGCCAAGACCUGGAAAGUUCCAGAUAAUGAUUUGUUUUGUAAUGAUGACUGUAAUGGACAAUGCCCAAGUUGCUCUUUAAAUCUUCAAGAGGAGUACAAAAAAGACAUAAACUGUGGUGUCAUGGCUAAAACUGAUGGUCCAUUUGCCAAUUGCCACAACACUGUGGAUCCCCACAUGUAUGUAGAUAAUUGUGUCUAUGAUGUCUGUAUUAACAACGGUUUCAGAAACUUCCUCUGCAACAACAUUCAAAGCUACGUUGAUGCUUGCAUGUCAGCUGGAAUCAAAAUCACUGGAAUGUGGAGGACACUUUCCAACUGCCCUCUGGACUGUCCAGUCAAUAUGCAUUAUGAUGCCUGUGGCACUGCCUGUCCCCCCUCUUGUGCUGAUCGAAAUGCCCCAGACAAGUGCACACUGCCAUGUGUGGAAGGCUGCCAGUGUAAUUCAGGUUUUGUCCGCAGUGGAGAUGAAUGCACACCUGUGAAAAAGUGUGGCUGCACUUACAAAGGCCGAUAUUAUCUAGCUGAGCAGACAUUUUGGGGUGAGAAACAAUGCACAGAGAAAUGUGUGUGUAACCCUCAAACUGGAAAUGUUGAAUGCACACCAACAAAAUGUAAGAAGUCCCAAGUGUGUGACACACGGAAUGGAGUGAGAGAUUGUUACCCAAUGUCCUAUAGUACCUGCCAGGGUGCAGGGGAUCCACACUACCGCACAUUUGAUGGUAAAGCCUUUGACUUUCAAGGAACCUGCACCUAUUAUUUGUCCAAGCUACUCGAUACAGCUGACCCAUCAUUGAUACCUUUUGAGGUGCUGGUCAAGAAUGAGAACAGAGGAAGAAACAUGGCAGUUGCUUACACUAAGACUGUAUCCUUAACAGUCUAUGGAUACACAAUUGUCUUGAGUAAAGAUGACCCAGGCAAAGUGAAGGUCAACAACCUGUAUGUGAAUUUGCCAUUUGAACAAGAUGGCCGAUUCUCCAUAUUCCGCAGUGGGUACUUUGGCGUGAUAAAAACUGAGUUUGAUCUGACAUUGAAAUUCAACUGGGAUAGCCACGUGGCACUGACUCUCCCCAGCACUUACUACAGUCAAGUGGGGGGGCUUUGCGGCAACUGGAAUAACAAUGUCAAUGAUGAUUUGCUUACUCCUGACAAAACUCUUGCUGCCACCCCAACCAUUUUUGGAACCAGCUGGAAAGUCAAGGAUGACCCUGGAUGCUCAGAUGGAUGUCAGGGCAAAGCAUGUCCUAAAUGUGACGCCACCGAGAGAAACAAAGUCACUUUUACAAAGCCUUGCAGCAAGAUCACUGACAAACAGGGACCAUUCAAAGGCUGCCAUAAUAAAGUGAAUCCAAAUCAGUUUUAUGAGGAUUGUGUGUAUGAUAUGUGUAUGUACGGGGGUCAUUCGUCAGCACUCUGCAGUGCUCUUACUGCAUACACAGCUGCUUGUCAAGAUGCACUUGGCCAAGUGGAAUCCUGGAGAACCGACAGUUUUUGCCCUGCAUCCUGUAUGGACAACAGCCACUAUGAGGUUUGUGCGACAGGAUGUUCCCAGACGUGUUAUGGCCUCACUGAGCCCAAGGGCUGUGAGGGAACUCCCUGCGUUGAAGGCUGUAUUUGUGAUGAGGGCUUUGUCCUGAGCGAUGGUGAAUGUACGCCUAUGGAACAGUGUGGCUGUUCUUACGAGGGCAAGUACUAUCAGCUGGGUCAGGAAUUCUUCCCUCAGGACAAGUGCCAGCAGAGAUGUGUCUGCAAAGAGAAUGGAAGAGUUCAGUGUAAUGAUGGAUUCACCUGCAAACCAACUGAGAAAUGCCAGGUUCUGAAUGGUGUUCUGGGCUGUUUCCCAGAGAGCAAAGCCAUUUGCUCAGUGUCAGGCUUUGGGCUUUAUCAGACAUUCGAUGGGAAGUCCUUCACUGUUGAAGGAGACUGUGAGUAUAGAUUGGCAGAGACAGCUCAGAACAAGGAUGAGGACAUGAACUCUUUCAGUGUAUUAGUCAAACAGCAGUCCUCCUCUGAGAUAGUCUUUACUCGAAGAGUGGAAAUACAAAUAGAACAAUCCACGAUUACUUUGCUGCCCGGCCACAUCUGGGAGGUUCAGGUGGACAAUGUUAAAACCAAUCUCCCCGUGACUGUGGAGGAAGGACUGGCACAAGUCUAUCAGAGCGGUGUUAACAUUGUUGUGGAAACAGAGUUUGGAUUGAAACUGACAUAUGAUACAGUCUCCAUGGCCAAAAUCGAGAUCCCGUCCACUUUUAAAAAUGCAGUCAAAGGUCUCUGUGGUAACUACAAUGGAGACAGCGCCGAUGAUUUUCUCCUGCCAGAUGGUAUUCAGACGACAUCUGUGGUAGAUUUUGCUGAGUCCUGGGUUUCACCAUCAGACAAGCUGAUGUGUCAAACAAUUUGUGGCUCCAAAUGUUUAAAUCCGGACACAGACAAACAGACAGAGGCAGAAACAGCUUGCAGUAUGCUAAUCGCAGAGAAGGGACCAUUUUCUGGUUGUUACGAAAAAAUUCCACCUCAGAAAUUCUUUGAUGAAUGCGUUAAAGAUGUGGCAGCACAACCAAAAGACAAGACUGUUCACUGUCGCCACAUACAAAGGUAUGCCGCCAGCUGUCAAGAGAUUGGGACGACAAUCAACAGCUGGAGGAAUAAAACCUUCUGUCCACUCACAUGUUUCAAAAACAGUCACUAUGAACUCUGCGCUGACACCUGUUCCUCGACCUGUGCAAGCCUGACAAAGUCACAGAAAUGCCCGAUGUGUCAGGAAGGAUGUCAGUGUGAUGAUGGCUUUUUGUUUGAUGGAGGUGAAUGUAAGACUUUGGAUGACUGUGGUUGUAAUGUAGAUGGAAAGUUUUACAAGUCUGGUGAGACAGUCAUUCGGGGAGAGUGUGAAGAGAAAUGUUACUGUAAAGCCGGAGUGUUCUCAUGUGAACCCUUGGAAUGCAAUGAAGAUCAGAUCUGUGGCAAAAAAGAUGGCGCCAUUGGGUGCUACAGCAAAGCUACUUACUGUCCAGUCAAUAUGCAUUAUGAUGCCUGUGGUACUGCCUGUCCCCCCUCUUGUGCUGAUAGAGAUGGUCCAGAAGAGUGCACACUGCCAUGUGUGGAAGGCUGCCUGUGCAAUGCAGGAUUUGUCCGCAGUGGAGAUGAAUGCACACCUGUGAAAAAGUGUGGCUGCACGUACAAAGGCCGAUAUUAUCUAGCUGAGCAGACAUUUUGGGGUGACAAUAAAUGCACAGAGAAAUGUGUGUGUAACCCUCAAACUGGAAAGGUUGAAUGCACACCAACAAAGUGUAAGAAUCCCCUAGUGUGUGACACACGGAAUGGAGUAAAAGAUUGUUACCCAAUUUCCUAUAGUACCUGCCAGGGUGCAGGGGAUCCACACUACCGCACAUUUGAUGGUAAAACCUUUGACUUUCAAGGAACCUGCACCUAUUAUUUGUCCAAGCUACUCAAUACAGCUGACCCAUCAUUGAUACCUUUUGAGGUGCUGGUCAAGAAUGAGAACAGAGGAAGAAACAUGGCAGUUGCUUACACUAAGACUGUAUCCUUAACAGUCUAUGGAUACACAAUUGUCUUGAGUAAAGAUGACCCAGGCAAAGUGAAGGUCAACAACCUGUAUGUAAAUUUGCCAUUUGAACAAGAUGGCCGAUUCUCCAUAUUCCGCAGUGGGUACUUUGGCGUGAUAAAAACUGAGUUUGAUCUGACAUUGAAAUUCAACUGGGAUAGCCACGUGGCACUGACUCUCCCCAGCACUUACUACAGUCAAGUGGGGGGGCUUUGCGGCAACUGGAAUGACAAUGUCAAUGAUGAUUUGCUUACUCCUGACAAAACUCUUGCUGCCACCCCAACCAUUUUUGGAACCAGCUGGAAAGUCAAGGAUGACCCUGGAUGCUCAGAUGGAUGUCAGGGCAAAGCAUGUCCUAAAUGUGACGCCACAGAGAGAAACAAAGUCACUUUUACAAAGCCUUGCAGCAAGAUCACUGACAAACAGGGACCAUUCAAAGGCUGCCAUAAUAAAGUGAAUCCAAAUCAGUUUUAUGAGGAUUGUGUGUAUGAUAUGUGUAUGUACGGGGGUCAUUCGUCAGCACUCUGCAGUGCUCUUACUGCAUACACAGCUGCUUGUCAAGAUGCACUUGGCCAAGUGGAAUCCUGGAGAACCAACAGUUUUUGCCCUACAAACUGUAAGGCACACAGCCACUAUGAGGUUUGUGCGACAGGAUGCCCGCAGACGUGUUAUGGCCUCACUGAGCCCAAGAGCUGUAUGGGAACUCCCUGUGUUGAAGGUUGCACAUGUGACAAAGGCUUUGUCCUGAGCGAUGGUGAGUGUGUGGCUGCUAAGCAGUGUGGCUGUACUGAAAAGGGCAAGUACUAUCAGCUGGGUCAGGAAUUCUUCCCUCAGGACAAGUGCCAGCAGAGAUGUGUCUGCAAAGAGAAUGGACGAGUUCAGUGUAAUGAUGGAUUCACCUGCAAACCAACUGAGAAAUGCCAGGUUCUGAAUGGUGUUCUGGGCUGUUUCCCAGAGAGCAAAGCCAUUUGCUCAGUGUCAGGCUUUGGGCUUUAUCAGACAUUCGAUGGGAAGUCCUUCACUGUUGAAGGAGACUGUGAGUAUAGAUUGGCAGAGACAGCUCAGAACAAGGAUGAGGACAUGAACUCUUUCAGUGUAUUAGUCAAACAGCAGUCCUCCUCUGAGAUAGUCUUUACUCGAAGAGUGGAAAUACAAAUAAAACAAUCCACGAUUACUUUGCUGCCCGGCCACAUCUGGGAGGUUCAGUUGAACAAAGUUAAAACUAAUCUCCCCGUGACUGUGAAUGAUGGACUGGUACAAGUCUAUCAGAGCGGUGUUAACAUUGUUGUGGAAACAGAGUUUGGAUUGAAACUGACAUAUGAUACAGUCUCCAUGGCCAAAAUCGAGAUCCCGUCCACUUUUAAAAAUGCAGUCAAAGGUCUCUGUGGUAACUACAAUGGAAACAGCGCCGAUGAUUUUCUUCUGUCAGGUGGUAUUCAGACGACAUCUGUGGUAGAUUUUGCUGAGUCCUGGGUUUCACCAUCAGACAAGCUGAUGUGUCAAACAAAUUGUGGUUCCAAAUGUUUAAAUCCGGACACAGACAAACAGACCGAGGCAGAAACAGCUUGCAGUAUGCUAAUCGCAGAGAAGGGACCAUUUUCUGGUUGUUACGAAAAAAUUCCACCUCAGAAAUUCUUUGAUGAAUGCGUUAAAGAUGUGGCAGCACAACCAAAAGACAAGACUGUUCACUGUCGCCACAUACAAAGGUAUGCCGCCAGCUGUCAAGAGAUUGGGACGACAAUCAACAGCUGGAGGAAUAAAACCUUCUGUCCACUCACAUGUUUCAAAAACAGUCACUAUGAACUCUGUGCUGACACCUGUUCCUCGACCUGUGCAAGCCUGACAAAGUCACAGAAAUGCCCGAUGUGUCAGGAAGGAUGUCAGUGUGAUGAUGGCUUUUUGUCUGAUGGAGGUGAAUGUAAGACUUUGGAUGACUGUGGUUGUAAUGUAGAUGGAAAGUUUUACAAGUCUGGUGAGACAGUCAUUCGGGGAGAGUGUGAAGAGAAAUGCUACUGUAAAGCCGGAGUGUUCUCAUGUGAACCCUUGGAAUGUAAUAAAGAUCAGAUCUGUGGCAAAAAAGAUGGCGCCAUUGGGUGCUACAGCAAAGCUACUUACUGUCCUGUCAAUAUGCAUUAUGAUGCCUGUGGCACUGCCUGUCCCCCCUCUUGUGCUGAUCGAAAUGCCCCAGACAAGUGCACACUGCCAUGUGUGGAAGGCUGCCUGUGCAAUGCAGGUUUUGUCCGCAGUGGAGAUGAAUGCACACCUGUGAAAAAGUGUGGCUGCACGUACAAAGGCCGACAAUAUCUAGCUGAGCAGACAUUUUGGGGUGAGAAACAAUGCACAGAGAAAUGUGUGUGUAACCCUCAAACUGGAAAUGUUGAAUGCACACCAACAAAAUGUAAGAAGUCCCAAGUGUGUGACACACGGAAUGGAGUAAAAGAUUGUUACCCAAUUUCCUAUAGUACCUGCCAGGGUGCAGGGGAUCCACACUACCGCACAUUUGAUGGUAAAACCUUUGACUUUCAAGGAACCUGCACCUAUUAUUUGUCCAAGCUACUCAAUACAGCUGACCCAUCAUUGAUACCUUUUGAGGUGCUGGUCAAGAAUGAGAACAGAGGAAGAAACAUGGCAGUUGCUUACACUAAGACUGUAUCCUUAACAGUCUAUGGAUACACAAUUGUCUUAAGCAAGGAAAGCCCACGCAAAGUGAAGGUCAACAACCAGUAUGUGAAUUUGCCAUUUGAACCAGAAGAUGGUCGACUUUCAAUAUUCUACAGUGGGUUCUUUGGCGUGAUAAAAACUGAGUUUGAUCUGACAUUGAAAUUCAACUGGGAUAGCCACGUGGCACUGACUCUCCCCAGCACUUACUACAGUCAAGUGGGGGGGCUUUGCGGCAACUGGAAUGACAAUGUCAAUGAUGAUUUGCUUACUCCUGACAAAACUCUUGCUGCCACCCCAACCAUUUUUGGAACCAGCUGGAAAGUCAAGGAUGACCCUGGAUGCUCAGAUGGAUGUCAGGGCAAAGCAUGUCCUAAAUGUGACGCCACCGAGAGAAACCAAGUCCCUUUUACAAAGCCUUGCAGCAAGAUCACUGACAAACAGGGACCAUUCAAAGGCUGCCAUAAUAAAGUGAAUCCAGAUCAGUUUUAUGAGGAUUGUGUGUAUGAUAUGUGUAUGUACGGGGGUCAUUCGUCAGCACUCUGCAGUGCUCUUACUGCAUACACAGCUGCUUGUCAAGAUGCACUUGGCCAAGUGGAAUCCUGGAGAACCAACAGUUUUUGCCCUACAAACUGUAAGGCACACAGCCACUAUGAGGUUUGUGCGACAGGAUGCCCGCAGACGUGUUAUGGCCUCACUGAGCCCAAGGCCUGUGAGGAAACUCCCUGUGUUGAAGGUUGCACAUGUGACAAAGGCUUUGUCCUGAGCGAUGGUGAGUGUGUGGCUGCUAAGCAGUGUGGCUGUACUGAAAAGGGCAAGUACUAUCAGCUGGGUCAGGAAUUCUUCCCUCAGGACAAGUGCCAGCAGAGAUGUGUCUGCAAAGAGAAUGGACGAGUUCAGUGUAAUGAUGGAUUCACCUGCAAACCAACUGAGAAGUGCCAGGUUCUGAAUGGUGUUCUGGGCUGUUUCCCAGAGAGCAAAGCCAUUUGCUCAGUGUCAGGCUUUGGGCUUUAUCAGACAUUCGAUGGGAAGUCCUUCACUGUUGAAGGAGACUGUGAGUAUAGAUUGGCAGAGACAGCUCAGAACAAGGAUGAGGACAUGAACUCUUUCAGUGUAUUAGUCAAACAGCAGUCCUCCUCUGAGAUAGUCUUUACUCGAAGAGUGGAAAUACAAAUAGAACUAUCCACGAUUACUUUGCUGCCCGGCCACAUCUGGGAGGUUCAGUUGAACAAAGUUAAAACCAAUCUCCCCGUGACUGUAAAUGAUGGACUGGUACAAGUCUAUCAGAGCGGUGUUAACAUUGUUGUGGAAACAGAGUUUGGAUUGAAACUGACAUAUGAUACAGUCUCCAUGGCCAAAAUCGAGAUCCCGUCCACUUUUAAAAAUGCAGUCAAAGGUCUCUGUGGUAACUACAAUGGAAACAGCGCCGAUGAUUUUCUCCUGCCAGAUGGUAUUCAGACAUCUUCCGUGGAGUACUUUGCUGACUCCUGGGUUUUGCCAUCAGAUAAAAUGAUGUGCCAAACAAUUUGUGGCUCCAAAUGUUUAAAUCCGGACAAAGACAAACAGACAGAGGCAGAAACAGCUUGCAGUAUGCUAAUCGCAAAGAAGGGACCAUUUUCUGGUUGUUACGAAAAAAUUCCACCUCAGAAAUUCUUUGAUGAAUGUGUUAAAGAUGUGGCAGCACAACCAAAAGACAAGACUGUUCACUGUCGCCACAUACAAAGGUAUGCCGCCAGCUGUCAAGAGAUUGGGACGACAAUCAACAGCUGGAGGAAUAAAACCUUCUGUCCACUCGAGUGUUCGGCAAACAGUCACUAUGACCUUUGUGCUGAAACUUGUUCUUCAACCUGCGCCAGCCUGACUAACUCACAGGAUUGUCCACCAUGUCAGGAAGGAUGUCAGUGUGAUGAUGGCUUCUUGUUUGAUGGAGGUGAAUGCAAGACUUUGCAGGACUGUGGUUGUAAUGUAGAUGGAAAGUUUUACAAGUCAGGUGAGACAGUCUUUCAAGGACAGUGUAAAGAGAAAUGCCUCUGCAAAACUGGAGUGUUCUCCUGUGAACCUUUUAAAUGUGAUGCAGAUCAGAUCUGUGACAAAAAAGAAGGUGUAAUUGGGUGCUACAAGAAAGAUCCUUGCAGUAACUAUGAGUGCCGUGAACAAGAGUACUGCACUGUAAAGGACAAUAAGGCACUGUGUGUUGCAAAGUCAAAGGCCUCCUGCAUUGCCAAAGACGAUCCUCUUUACAAAACCUUUGAUGGAAGCCACUUUUCCUUCCAGGGUACUUGCUCCUAUACUUUAGUUAAAACUUCAGGCAAAGACCUAACACUAACACCUUUCAGCAUCGUCAACAAGAAUGAGAUGCUCAAAGGCACACGUGGUGCUUACGUGAAGUCAGCCACCAUUACAGUCAGAGGACAUGAGAUCACUUUCAUCCGAGGAAACCGCAAUCAUGUGACAAUUGAUGGCACAGUUUCAAACCUUCCUGUAAGUUUAAACUCUGAUGGGAUCAACAUAACGAAAUUGGGUACAACAGGAGUCCUGCAGACAGAUUUUGGCUUGGAGGUCAUGUUUAAUUGGGCGAAUACCCUCAUGGUGACAUUGUCCAGUAGUUAUUAUAAUAACAUAGUUGGAAUGUGUGGAACCUACAGUAAUGACCUGCAGGAUGAUUAUGUCACACCAAGUGGUAAGAGCAUGACAGACAUCACAGAAUGGGCAAAGUCUUGGAGUGUCCCUGAAAGCAACAGCAACUGCUGGCACUUUCCCCCUUGCUCAGAUGAUAAGAAGUUACUAUAUAGUGGACAAAGCUAUUGUGGCUUGUUAGAGAAUGCGAAGGGCCCAUUUGCCCAGUGCCAUGACAUAAUUUCAAAGAGGCGAUUCGCUGCUGACUGCCUUUUCCAAAUGUGUCUCAAUGAUGGAAGUCGAAAUGCUUUAUGCAAUGCCUUCAAUAAUUAUGUGUCGUCUUGUGCACUGGUAAAGGCUGACGUGUCUCCAGAGUGGAAAACGCUCGCAAACUGCUGAUGAAGAUAUUUUUCUCAAGUCGCAUGGAUCCCAGUGAAAAAAAUUGCUAAAUAAAUAAUAUUUUGCUUUGCUUUUCAAAGUUAAAAUGUUGACAUAUAUAACAGUUUUUGUCAUUACUUAAUAUCACAUUAUGUAAUAUUAGAAUUGGUGUUUAAAAUUGAUAUUUAAGCGAGUUUCUUUUCUUGAAUGGCUACAUAAAGAUUUGUGCUAUCCAGAAAUCAGUCUAUAGUUAAUCUUGGGAAAAUUGCUCUGUUUUAAACUUGAUUUAUUCCUUCAAAUGCUUCCAUAAUUAACAUUCUCAUUAAAUUCUUGCAUCUAUGUGCAUUAUGUUGAUUUCA